AUGACUCAAACAUUGACCAAAGAAAUCGUCUGUCGGAUCCUUGAGAGUCUAUGCAGCAGCACCAAUUCCCAAGUCUGUGACAAGGUGGCGGACGAAUACGAUCUCAGCACUGACCUAACCAUGAAGUUUGAAGACCGUUAUCGCAUGCCCCACAAAUACCUACUUGAUCUAAUCAGUGACGCCGAAGACCGACUGGAAUCGGCUAAGGCGUGUCUCCUUGACUUUGAUCCUGUUGGAGCACUAGUGAUACUCAAAGGUUUGGUGCCAGACAAAGAGAUUAAGGAGCAGAUCAGCAUGACGACGAUUUCACACGGGAUACUGAACUCUAGGAAGCAGGUGAGGUUGGCUCAAAGCGAGAGGAACUGGUUGAAAGUGAUUUCUUCGAUAGAUUACGUUGAAAACCUAUUCCUACGACCUCCUCCUCUCAAUAGAACGUGCAGUACUUAUCAAGGUUACCGGCUCCCCAAAGCCUGGUGCAUAUGGGCAAUGGAAUCUUACAUUUAUCUAGGGAAAUAUCAAAAGGCUGAGGAGAUGUUCAAUGAGAUCUCCACCAAAUAUACUCUCGAAUCGAACGAAAGACUUUGGCUCAUGGGCCAGUUGGCGUAUUGUAGUGGUAGAGUCGAAAUCGCACUUUCAUUAUUCAAGGCCUUGUCAAUUCAGAAAGAUACUCCUAUGAUUAGGGCUUUGGUUGAACGUACCUCGCUAGUCUAUGAACUUCUCACAUGUUUGAAUGGAUGUAGUACCGAUCUUGACUACCGGUGUGAAGUGUUUAUCCAUGCACAACGAACGUUCUUCGAAUGGACCGCAGGGAAUGGUUACGAUCGAGCUGUGCGAAGUGAGAUUAUCAGAAUAUUUUGCCUUAAAUCUUCUCCAAGCACGUAUCCUACUCUUUCAAAUGCUUUUGUCCCUGAUGAGAGCGCUCAGAUUUCCUCUAAUACUCCUAAUUCCUCAAAAAAGUUUGCUUUGUAUGGAGAUGGACUAGAUGAAUCUCUUUCAAGAAUGGAUACUUUAGAUUAG